AUGUCAACGCUGUCGAACAGUUCAGACUUCAUGCGAGAAUUGCUCCUCCAAGGACAAUUUUCUGACAUGGAAAUCAUCUGUCAAGACGUCACUUUCAAAGCUCAUCGUGCUAUUGUUUGUACACAAUCAAGGUUCUUCAAUAGCGCACUCUGCGAUGGCUUCAAGGAAUCUCUCGACCGCUCCAUCAAUUUAACAGAUGAGACACCAGAGACAAUCGAACGUGUUCUCUCUUUCCUCUACUUGAGGGAAUACCAGGAUGAUGGGCAUGCGGUUCUACUCCAGCCUACUGCAGAUCUCAUUCCUUCCAUUGAUGCUUCAGACUCAGUCAGUCAAGGGGAUAAAUCCGACAAUACGGAAGCUUUGAAAGCAAGGGCUUUAAACAACAUAUUGGUGUUCACCGCCGCUGAUAAAUUUCAAAUCGAUCCAUUGAAGAAUCUAGCCUCAGAGAAGUUCUCAAAAUGGGUAUCUGAAAAUUGGGACUCGCCCAUAUUUUCCGAGGUAGUUGAAGAAGCUCUAGCGUUGACUCCUUCUCAUGAAACGAAAUUGCAGGAGAUUAUCGCCUAUGGAUACACCAGAUUCAUCAAGAAGGCAGAGCUCUACCUCAUGAAGGCACGACUCCGGUGUUUCAAGUAA